CAUAAAACUCGAUGGGAUUCUCCGCGAGCAGUUCCUCCGGAUUUAGCGGAACUGACUCGAAAAUACCCCGAGAUUUUCCCGAACGACCUCCCCGCUGGACUUCCGCCGAGCCGACCAGAAGACCAUGGCAUCGAGCUGGAACCAGGUGCCCAACCGACGGUACAGCGACAAUUUCGGCUCAGCCAACCGGAACUGGAAGAAUUGUAGCAGCAGCUGGAUUACCUCCUGACAAAAGGAUUUAUCCGGCCCAGCACGUCCCCAUAUGCCGCCCCGAUAAUGUUCACAACGAAAAAAAUGGAGGAUUCCGCAUGUGCAUCGACUACCGCGCACUCAACAAGAUCACCAUCAAGUCACGUUACCUGAUCCCGCGAGCUGACGAACUACUCGACCAACUUCGUGGAGCCAAGUUCUUCUCGAAAAUCGACUUGCGAGGAGGUUACCAUCAAAUUCGCGUCGCCACCGAAGAUUGUCACAAAACCGCCUUUCGCACUCGCUACUGCAGCUACGAAUACUUAGUGAUGCCAUUUGGCCUCACGAACAUGCCCUCGACAUUUGAGAUGACCAUGAACGGCAUUUUCUGGGAACUCUUGGAUAAAUGCGUUAUUAUCUACCUCGGCGACAUACUAAUCUAUAGCCCCAGCAGGGAGCAGCACUUACAGGAUCUUGAUGCAGUCUUUACGCUGUUGCACAAGAAUCGCCUCAUUACAAAAGGGUCUAAGUGCGACUUUCUUAAGCAGGAGUUGGAGUUCUUGGGCAAAGUUGUUUCUACCGAAGGAGUGAAAAUCGACCCCAAGAAAAUCAAGACCAUACAGGAGUGGAAGCCGCCAACCAACAUAAAGGAGCUGCAGAGUUUUUUGGGUUUCGUCAACUACGUUCGCCGAUUUAUCCUGAAUAUGGCUGGGUUAUCUGCCCCGCUAACUGACCGACUCAAGGAUCACGAUUGUUUUUGGUGGGGAGAGAAGCACCAAGCUGCAUUCGACCAACUGAAGAUCGCCCUCACGUCGCCGCCCGUUCUUCGCAUCUCCAAUCCUGACCGUCCAUACGAAGUCAUCACCGACGCUAGUGACAUCGCCAUCGGUGCAGUUCUCCUACAGGAUUUCGGCGACGGAUUACAGCCGGUUGCCUACGAAUCACGGAAGCUGCAGGGCGCCGAAAAAAACUAUAUGGUACACGACAAGGAAAUGCUGGCAAUCGUCCACGCGUUCAAGACCUGGCGGUGUUACCUGACAGGCGCUGACGUCACGGUGCGAACCGACCACAAGUCCUUACAGUACAUGCGCGCCCAACCGAGUCUCAACCCGCGACAGAUCUGAUGGCUCGAUUUCCUCGAGUCGAAUUU